AUGCGGGCGAGAGGGAGCUCGUCCAGGGAGGGCAUCAAGGGUGCGCACAGAGAGAGGGGGUGGGUUGUGGUUGUGGUGGCAGGGGUGGAUUGUGUGUGUGGGUGUGCAGGGGAUGCGUACUAUCUUGUGACCAACGACGAAGACGAACGUGAAGGACUUGGGCAUCAACGCGGUGUGCACGCACCUCGGGUGCGUGCAGUGGUGCCGUGGAACGCCGCGCAGAACAAGUUCACCUGCCCGUGUCACGGAUCCCAAUACGACACAAACGGAAAGGUCGGCGAACCACCACCGAUGUUUUGAUGAUGGAGCGUCAUGCAGACAUUUGACACGGGUGGAUGGGUGUGUGCAGGUUGCGCGUGGCCCCGCCCCUCUGUCGCUCGCCCUGCUCACGUGGAAUCCGACGAUAAGGGAGGGGUAAGCCCACCGCACCCACCGCCAGAGAACACACAACACACAUGCAUGCAUGCAUGCAUGCUCGUGGCUGUGUGUGUGUAUGUGUAUGUGUGUGCAGAUAGUGUUCAAGGAGUGGAAGAAGAGUGAAGAGGACUUCCACUCCGGCGAGACCCCCUGGUGGUCAUAGACGCGCCUUUCAUUCCCAUUAAUGCACACACAUACAUAGAUACAUGGCUGCGUACAGUUUCACAUGGGCGGAGAGAGCUUGAGAGAGAUCGAUGGUAGGCAGGCCGGUCGUCGUGUGUCUGUUUGUACAGGGGGUGGGGGUGGAGGGGGGAUGGAUGGAUGGAUGGAACGCUAUGCGUGAGUAGCUUUCUGCUGCAGUGAAGUGAAUGUAUGUAUGUGCCUGGGUGACAGACAGGGGAG